AUGGCGUUUCAUUUGACGUGCGAUGUAGUUGACGAAGACCAUUGGUCACUCCAGGAAUACCGCACGUGGAUAGAGAGCAAUGAAAUGUUGCUGAGGGAAAUAACCAAUCAGACAGUGCCUUAUAAAGAAAUAUCUGUGUCAGUGGACAUCCGCUGUGAUAAAAACGGGAGUGUAUCAUUACCUUGGCCCGCGAGGGCAAAGCAUCUGUGGAAAAUGAGCGUAAGUAAUUGCAUAUUGUUUGACUUUCUAAAGGAAUACAACACAACCCAUUACGUGCAAGAUUCCCUUAAAGUGCUGGAAUUAGUGAAUGUUACUAUGCAUAACGACAACCAAGAGUUUAUACAUGUGAUGAAAUGGCGUCGAUACUUUCCCAGAAUGCAGUUCGUGGACAUGUCUCACAAUCGAAUCAAAUACUUUUCAUCGCUCGCCGAAAACGGUCUUUCCAAUGAUACCGUCGGUGUCCUUGAUCUUCGUCAUAACAAUAUAACAACCAUCACGCCGGAUGACCUUCAGACACUGCGGAUCCAUUCUAGCAGCGUUUAUGUUGACAUCCGAAACAAUCCCCUUCAUUGUGACUGUAAGCUUUCUGCUUUUGUGAAUUUUUCGAAAAAUGCGUCUAAUGAGUUGCUUCGAAGGUACGGUUACCUUAGCAGCAUGGCUUGUGCAACACCAGAACAGUAUAGAAAUAUAAUAGUUUCCAGUUUGGAAAACAACUUUUGCGAGGCAACGGAGUUUAUCUUAGUUAAAGGACCCGUCAUAGCUUUAUCAGUGUGUGUGGUAAUCGUAAUAGUUGUCACAGGUUUGGUUAUCAAAUACAGAAAGGAACUGGUGAUUUUGGCUUUUACUCGACUUCAUAUAAGGCUUCCUUGCCGGAGGAUUGUAAAAGGAGAGGACAAACUAUAUGACGCUUUUAUCGCUUACAGCGAAGACGACGGGCAGUGGGUGUUUGGCACGUUGCUACCGCGCUUGGAGAUGCCUGCUGAAAAUGGCGGACCAGGAUUUAAGCUGUGCAUACACCAUCGUGAUUUUCCAGUGGGCGGCUGCAUUGUGGAUAACAUAAAUGCGAAAGUGGACGAAAGUAACCACACGGUAUUGAUACUUACGAACAAUUUUCUGCGAUCCUAUUGGUGCAAAUUCGAAUUCAAAGCUGCUUUUAAUCAGAGUAUAAUGGAAAAGAAACGCCAUUUAAUCAUAAUUUUGAAAGAAGAGCUUGACAAGCGUUUGAUAGAUGCAGACAUGAGGAGAUGUCUACAGACAUUCACUUAUGCAAAAGCAGAAGACAAAUUGUUCUGGGAUAAACUCAUAUUUGCUCUUUCGGACAGGAAGGUAAAUUUGAAUUUAGCCAGGAUAAGGGAGCUAAACAAUAACGCAGAUAUGGUGGGGAUCGCGGUUGAAGCAGACAGGGAGAUGGAUCGUGUAAAUGGUAUCGAGCAGCAAAAUUUAGCUGGUGCUAUUAUAGCACAUCCAGAAGGCAUCAUCAUAGACGGCAUUUGGAACAUUUAAAGUUUCCUUUAGCCUUCGUCAAUUUUAGACAGCAAAAUUGCAUUUGAAAUGUGCAAUAUUUACAAUAAUGUAACUUUUUAAACUAAUGGUUUAAUUUAGUUAUACGUAAUAUUGGACACCAAACAUACAUUGAAAUCAACUGUUUUGUUGACGCACUAGUUUUAAGAUUUCAUUUGAAUGUGAUUUCAUGUUAGUGCAGGAAUAACUGUGCUGUUUGCUUUGCUAUUUAAAAUUUGUUAAUGAUUUCACGGGAUCUGGGACACCAAAAUAUACAUAGACACCAACUAUUUGGGUUCGCGAAAUAGUUAACAAGUUAUCACCAUAAUUUUAUUUGCUUUUCCUGCCUGAAUAACUUUGCUGGUUGCUUUGUUCAUGAUUCCAAGCAGGUUCUUGCGUACUGCUGAAAAACAUGUCUAAACUAUAUGGAUACUGAGUACACACUAUACAUUUUGAGACCACCAUUUACUUACAAUUUGUAACAAAUUAUCAUAGCAAGCGAUUUCUAAGAAAUGCUUGAAACUGAUCAGUAUCGUCGUUCAUUUUAGCCAUUGUAAAUUUAAUUGUCCUACUAUUAUUCUAGUAUUUUUUAAUUGCACAAGCUUAUUUCAUAUACAUACCUUUUUGUGCUGAGAUUUGU